CCGGCGGUCCGCCCAUCAAGAUUCCUCAGCCCAUGACGACGUGAACGGCACCGCGCCUGGAGCUCCGCUGCGAACAGAACCCGCGCCCGAUUCUUCCUCAAUCGCUUCUUCAACAGAAGCCCGACGCCCGCGACUCCGAUCCCGCGUAGCCAUGUGGUUGCGAAGCCGACCAUGAGCCGCCAUGCCGCCCCGUCGCCCGCCGUGCUGCGGCGCGCCCUGCCCCAGCUGCGCCAGACCGUCCCGCGCCUCGAUGUCUGCGGGACGAGGAGAUGGGCCCCGAGCCGGACGAUAGCGAGUUGGACGCCCGCGGCGAGCGUCGCGGCGCCGCUGCUGAAGACGCCCUCCGCCGUCCACCCGUCACAUGUCAGACCCGCCAGCGUCACCGUCGCCGCCCGCGCAGCGUGGAGAAGACACGCCUCGUCGCCCGCCGACCGCAGCAAGAGCGCGGAAACACACACAUCCCCCGCGGGCACGCCUGGGAGUAAGGGCGCGGAAACACACACACCGCCUGCGGCAGAUGCCUCGCACGCAAACACGUCUGGCCACACACCACCAACCACACCAACACCCACACCCGCACCCACGCCCGACGCGAAGCAUGACGGCCUCCUCGACCGCCUCCCGCACGUCCCACACCUCUACCGCCCCUCCAAGGCCGAGCUGCUGGCCGCCGCGUCCGGCUUCUGGUCGCGCAUGAAGGUGCGCUUCAAGUGGCUCACCAUCCGCAGCAACCGCAACUUCAACGCCGACGAGCUGUACGCCCUGUUCUCGUGGAUCCUGGCCGCCCACGUCGCCUGGGUCAUCCUCGGUACCACCACCUUCUUCAUGCUGACCGUGUUCCUCAUCAACACGGCCUUCUCGCAGGAGACGCUCGCCAAGUGGAUCGGCAACUACCUGACCAAGUCGUCCGGCAUCAAGGUCGUCUUCGAGACGGCCGUCGUGCCCAAGUGGAAGGACGGCGUCAUCUCCUUCCGCAAAGUCUUUGUCUCGCGCCGCCCGGGCCAGGGCCGCGGCAAGGUCAGCAAGGGCUCGCAGACGUCGGCCGCCGCCGAGGCCGCCAUCGCCGCCAAGGACGGCGUCGACGUCGUUGAGGAGGACACCAACUACACCCAGUUCGACGUGUCCAUGGACACCGUCAACGUCACCCUGUCCUUCUCCAAGUGGUGGAACGGCAAGGGCCUGCUCAAGGACGUCGAGAUCAAGGGCAUCCGCGGCGUCAUCGACCGCACCGCCGUCCACACCGUCGAGGGCGUCGACCCGCGCUCCUACAAGCACGAGCACGACGCCGGCGACUUCGAGCUCGACUCGUUCAAGAUGGAGGACCUGCUCGUCACCAUCCACCAGCCCGACGGCUUCCGUCCCUUCCCCGUCAGCAUCUACUCGUGCGAGCUGCCGCAGCUGCGCAAGCAGUGGCUGUUCUACGACUUCCUGUCCGCCGACCUCAUGUCCGGCUCCUACGACGGCUCGCUGUUCACCGUGCACCCGCGCCAGACGCACAACUACACGGGCACCCAGCUGCGCGACGGCCGCGACGCCGACGCCGACGCCGCCUCCACCUGGAAAAAACACAGCCGCAUCCGCAUCGACGCGCUCGCCAUCGACCACCUCAACGCCGGCUACGACGGGCCCUUCUCCUGGAUCCACGAGGGCAACGUCGACAUCGUCGCCGACAUCAUGCUGCCCGCCGACUCGUCCGAGUCGCUCGCCAAAGUCAUCGGCGCCAUGUACGACUCGCUCGAAGCCACCGUCAGCGCCAACGGCCGCGUCAUCCGGCACCACUUCUCCGACCACGCGGCGCAUUUCGCGGACGCGCACGACGAGGAGCCCCCGGAGGCCACCGAGGUCCCGCGGUUUGUUAUCAUGGAUCUGCGCGUCUCCCUCAACGAUGUGCGCGCCGCGGUUCCGAUCUUCACCCGCGAUAUCUCGUAUGUGAAUAAUGCCCUCGUGAGGCCGAUUGUCGCGUAUAUUAAUUCAAAGCGCACGUUUAUCCCGGUCAAUUGCAGGGUGGUCAAGGAUGUGGGCGAGUUUGAUGGGUCGUGGACGCUGUAUGAUAGUGGGUUGAUGGAGGAGGUGUCGCGUGAGAUGUACGACGCCUUCGCCCGCGACGUCCUCGACGACCGCACCGUGCGCAAGCGCCGCAUCAAGAAGGUCGGCAUCUGGACGCUGCAGCUCGCGGCGCAGGCGCUUUUCUUGGGGCUUGCGGGGAACAUGGCGUAGACGCAGCCGCAGACGCAGACGCCGCCCCCGAAGAAACGCAGCCGGCAAGCAAGCACACAGCACGCGACACACGGCUCGCUGGCCAUCACGACACAUGGCCGGACAUGCUUUCCAUCGCCAGUCGUGCAAAUAGAAUAGGAAUGUGGUGCGGGAGAAGUGCAAGAGCACGAUACCCCAAUGACAACUACAAUAACAAUCGCAGCUACGGCUACGGCUACAGCU